UCUAAUAAGGUUGCUACUCUCUUUUUACGCAUUCAGCCCCUUUUUUAUGGCCCGUCUAAAUAUGAGCAGCUUCAGAGUUGAUACCUGAUUCCAGAAACCCUUUGCAACUGCGAAUACCUCUGCAUUUACAUAACUGGUAUUUUCCCCUUUGAUCCCUUGCUUAUCUCAGUGUAUAUGUUUGAUAUCUUUCUAGUAAUUUUGAAUGUUUUAUGUUAUGGGAACUUAUAUCUAUCCUCAAUAUGUUGAAGUUAUUAGUGGGUUGUUUAAUUUAUACUGCAAAUCAGAGUAGUAAUGCAAAUGUCAAGAACAACAACCCAAUGUAUGUUGUUGAUGCAAAAAUUGGUGAAAAACCCACCGGUAAAAACAUUAUUUUUGUUUAGGUCUUCAGUUCUUCAUGAAUUAGAGCACACCCAUCAGUCCAUUUAUUUGCUUCUACAUUUUCUAAUUAGUUGCAAUUUUUUACCCCAAGCUCAGUCUUUUACACUUCAACUACUUUCUGGUAGGAUUAAAUCGCCUUCACCAUUGAAUUACUCUUCACUUGUUCAAAUUUUCACCAAGAAUUACCCAAUUUCACACCCCAUUUGUGUUCUUCUCCAAGAAAUUAUUUUAAAUGCUUAUGUUCAAGCCAAAUUGCCUGAAGAAGCUUUGAAUUCUUUCAUCGAGAUGAUCAAUCAGGGUUCUGUACCGACGUCGAAUUUGUUUAAUUCGUUGUUGAUUCUUCUUUUAGAAAGCAGUAAUCUUGAUAAGGCUUGGUGGGUUUUUGAUGAAUUCAAGAGCAAGGUUGAGUUGGAUGUGUAUAGUUUUGGGAUUAUGGUAAAGGGGUUUUGUCAAGGAAAUGAAUUGGAAAGGGCUUUUGAUGUCUUUUAUAGAUUAAAAGAUGUCGGUAUGUCUCCAAAUGUUAUUAUUUAUACUACUUUGAUUGAUGGGUGUUGUAAAAAUGGUGAUAUUGAUAAAGCAAAGGAAUUGUUCUGCAAGAUGGGGGAACUGGGACUGGUUGCUAAUCAGCAUACUUACACUAUUUUAAUGAACGGCUUCUUUAAGAAAGGGCUUAAGAAAGAAGGAUUUCAAUUGUAUGAGAAGAUGAUGGCCUGUGGGAUUUUGCCUAAUACUUAUACAUACAACUGCAUGAUGAAUGAGCAUUGUAACGGCGGAUUGUUAGGUAGAGCCUUCCUGCUGUUUGAUGAAAUGCGUGAGCGAGGUUUGGCUUGCAACAUUGUGACCUACAAUAUAUUGAUUAGUGGCUUGUGCAAGGAGAAGAAUCCAUGGGAGGCUGAGAACCUGGUGACACAGAUGAGAAACUAUGGUCUAAGUCCAAAUUUGAUCACCUAUAACACUCUAAUUGAUGGAUUCUGUAACAUUGGGAAGUUAGGCAAGGCUAUGAGUUUAUUUGGUCAAAUGAAGUUGGAUGGUCAAAUGCCAUCUUUAGUGACGUAUAAUACUCUGAUUUCAGGUUUCUCUAGAGCUGGACAUUCCAACCGAGCUACCAAUUUAGUCAGGGAGAUGGAAGAGCGAGGUAUCACUGCAUCUAAAGUAACAUAUACAAUUCUAAUGGAUGGAUUGGUUCGAUCUGGUAACAUGGAGAAGGCAUUAGAGAUGUAUCAUUCAAUGGAGAAGGCCGGAUUGGCACCUGAUGUUUACACUAUUGGUUCCUUGAUUAAUGGAUGGUGUAGCAUGGGUAAGAUGUUAGAAGCAUCAAAGCUGUUCAAGUCAAUGGAGAAUAUGCAUUUACAUCCAAGUGAUGUGAUUUACAAUAUGAUGAUUAAUGGUUACUGCAAAGAGGGGAGUUCUUACAGGGCAUUUAGGUUGAUGAGAGACAUGAGGAAGUGUGGGUUGGUUCCAAAUGUUGGUACCUACUGUUCAACUGUUCACGUCCUCUGUAAAGACGGGAAGUUGAAAGAAGCUGAAGCACUAGUUGAAGAGAUGGUGAGCUUAGGUCUCAAGCCAUCUAAUUUAGUUUACAAUGUAUUAUCUCAAGCAAAAGAAGACGAUAGAUGAUUUCCUUGCCUUGCCACAAUAGUAGUUGAUGUCUGAAUGCAAUUAAACUAUUAGAACAAAAAGGAGAUGAACAACCUGAAACUGCUCUUAUGCAUACUCAAAGGCACCAAGUCGAAGGUUAGUGUUUUUUGCAAUGGUGAGGUGCUAAAGGAGUCGAUUUUGGGAGCAACAACUUAUGUUCAACCAACUACUGGGACUCUUAAGGACUAUUGAAGGGGAUGAAUAGCAAGUCCUUGAAACUUGGACUUGUUAAGAAGAGCCUAAACAGAAGAGUGGGGUUUCCUUGAGACGCUUCUUGGUGGCCGUCUGAUGGUGAGGUUCAUCAUCUAGAGAAGCAGAUGAUGAUGAUGGGUAGAAACGAGCUGAUGCUAUGUUGCUCGACAUCGGCACAUGUCUAAGUGUUUGACUUAUCUAGUUUUGAGGCUGAUCAGGUCCAGUAAAGUGCCGAAGUAUCCAUACCUAUGUCAGGGUGUCGAGAAUUCUUCACCGCUUGCCUUAAGCUCUAAGGUAUGUUGUCUUACAAUAUUAAAAAACAAUAGUAAAGAAAGACAAGUUUUUGUGGCUCGUUUAAUACUUCAAUUUUGGAAAGAAGGUUUGAGGCUGAUCAGGUCCAGUAAAGUUUAAAUUGUUCAAGUUCAAUCAGGCUGUUCAAGUUCAAUCAGGCCUCAAUACAAUUUUCUUAUUGUUGUAAUUUGUAAAAUAUCCUGAAUGAUGCAUUAGUAGUUGGUAUCAAACUAUUAGUGUUUGUUUAUUACUUCCUCCAUUUUUCAUUAAGUGAGUUAUUUCUCCUAAAAAGCUUUCACAUAAAAUGGAGAAGUGACUUACCUAUUAAAAAAUGGAUGAAGUAUAUUGCAUUACCUUCAAUCCGGUUAAGCUGUGUGUAAUCUGUAAAUACAUAAUAGUUUCUGUUGUGCAUCAAGAUUAUGUUCUAUUUGCUGCCAGAAGGCAACAGACAUGAAUACAAUGCAAUAUUAGUUGUUUUUUUGUAAUA